AGCAAGUUAGAUUUUCAGCAAAGACGUCUAAGCAGCGUAAGAAUAAAAAGAAACUAAAGUGAAAAUGUUGGUAUCAUGGGCUAAAAUGGCUACAGCAUGUGCAAGGAUUGGCCUGAAGAUGGCCCCGGGUACCGGAGGUUACCGGGGCAACUAUCUUGGUAAUCCUGUGCUGUUUCCCAACUAUGCCCGCUACCUUCAUGCCUCCUCGUCCCUUUGGGAUGACAAGGAUAAGAAUAAGUCGGGCGAUGAGUGUGAGCCCGAGCCGCAGGAAGUCUGCAAGACGGACGCGGAACUGGUCAAGAAGAAGUAUGAAGCCGAGGAUGAGUGUGAGGAAAAGAAGUCGGACGGCGGAGGCAAGAAGCUGGAGAGCAAGGGUCGCAAGGGUGUCAUCCAUGCUGUCAUCGGUCCCGUCAUCGAUGUCUACUUCGAGGAGGAGGUUCCGGAGGUGCUCAACGCGCUCCAGGUGCAGGAUGCUCCCAUUGCUAACCUGGUGCUGGAGGUAUUCCACCACCUGGGCAACAAUAUUGUCCGUUGCGUGGCCAUGGAUUCCACGGAAGGACUCCGUCGUGGUCAGCCAGUGCUCGAUACCGGCUACCCCAUCCGUGUGGCGGUGGGCAAGGCCGUUUUGGGACGCAUCCUCAAUGUGGUGGGCGAUCCCAUCGAUGAUCGCGGUGAGGUCAAGUCGGAUUUCUACUCCUUUAUCCACAAUGAAGCCCCGGAGCUGACCGAUUUGAGCGUGAAGCCAGAGAUCCUAGUCACUGGCAUCAAGGUGAUUGAUUUGCUGGCUCCUUACGUAAAGGGCGGCAAGAUCGGGCUGUUUGGAGGCGCAGGCGUGGGCAAGACGGUGCUCAUCAUGGAGCUGAUCAAUAACAUAGCCAAGUCCCAUGGCGGUUACUCCGUGUUCGUGGGCGCAGGAGAACGUACCCGCGAGGGCAACGAUCUGUACCAUGAGAUGAUCGAGUCCAAGGUCAUAUCCCUGGAGGAUGACUCCUCAAAGGUGGUUCUGGUUUUUGGCCAGAUGAACGAGCCACCGGGCGCUCGCUCCCGUGUGGUUCUCACCGGACUGACCAUCGCCGAGUAUUUCCGCGACGUGGACGGGCAGGAUGUGCUGCUCUUCAUUGACAACAUUUUCCGUUUCACCCAGGCGGGAUCGGAGGUGUCGGCGCUGCUCGGGCGCAUUCCCUCGGCGGUGGGCUAUCAGCCUACUUUGGGAACCGACAUGGGCACCAUGCAGGAGCGGAUCACCAGUACCCGCAACGGUUCCAUCACUUCUGUUCAGGCUGUCUACGUGCCCGCCGAUGAUCUCAGUGAUCCCGCUCCGGCGGCUACCUUUUCGCAUUUGGAUGCCACCACCGUGCUCUCGCGUCCCAUUGCUGAGUUGGGUAUUUAUCCGGCUGUGGAUCCCUUGGAUUCCUCGUCCCGCAUCCUCGAUCCCGAUGUUGUGGGCGAGGAGCACUACAAUGUGGCUCGAGCGGUUCAGAAGACUCUGCAGGCCUACAAGUCGCUGCAGGACAUCAUCGCCAUUCUGGGAAUGGAUGAGCUUUCCGAGGAGGAUAAGUUAACGGUGGCCAGGGCCCGCAAGAUGCAGCGCUUCCUUUCGCAACCGUUCCAAGUGGCUGAGAUCUUUACUGGACAUCCGGGAAAGCUGGUGCCAGUGGAGAAGUGUGUGGAGGGCUUCAAGCGUUUGUUGAAUGGUGAAUAUGACGAUAUCCCGGAGAUUGCUUUCUACAUGGUCGGAGAUGCCGAAGAGGUGCUGGCCAAGGCCACCCAACUGGCCGCAUCCAUGUCAGGUGAUGCUCCUCCAGCCAAGGCGGAAGCCAAGAAGGACGAAAAGAAGGACGCAAAGCCAGAGGAGGGCAAGAAGGAGGAGCCGCCCAAGGAAGAAGACAAAAAGGAGGAAGCAAAGGAUGACAAGCCAAAAGAACCGGAAAAGAAAGAUUAAGGAAUUCGAUCAGCAAUUCCACCAACCAUUAAACUUUACCAAUUAA